UGUGAGGUGGUGGCCGCGUGGUGGUGUGAGAGGCCGGGUCUGGCAUCGCGACUUAGACCCCUCUGCCUGGGACAGCUGUUGUGGGCUUGGCGGUGCCCCUGUGCCCUGUUACCCCUUCCGCCACCUGCCGCCGUCUGCGUUAGGGUCUGCGCGACAGCGUCUCCAGCCCAGCGAGGUAAUCCCAGAUCUUUCUUCUUGACGAACUCAGGGGCUGAUGCAUCCCCCUUCCCUGCUGUGGUGCCAGACCCCUGCAUUCCAGGAUCCUUUCCCCACUGCCAGGAAUGAGGGUCUCUCCUGCCUGUUGGCUCUCGGCCUCGCUCGCUGCAGGAGAGGAUUCCCACUGGCCACCGGCAGCUGAGCAGCGUGCUGCCCACUAUGGCUGGCUGGUUUAGGCGGCUCCUGCACAAGCCCAAGCCCAGCUCGGUGGAGAGGAGCCUCAACUCCAGCCACUCCGCUUCAUCCUCACCUUCCUCCUCCUCCUCUGCCAAGAGCUCCAGCUCCUCGGCCACCAGCUCCAUCCCGCUGUCACCUGUGCUGGUGCCGGACAUCAGCGCCUCGGACAGCCCCCGGUGGGGCAAGAGCUACGACGUGUGCCUGUGCCACAGCGAGGAGGACCUGGAGCUGGUGGAGGAGCUGGUGUCCUACCUGGAGGGGCAGCCCGAGAGCCUGCGCUGUUUCCUGCAGCUGCGGGACGCGGUGGCGGGCAGCGCGCUGGGCACGGAGCUGUGUGACGCCGUGCGGGGCAGCCACUGCUGGGUCCUGCUCAUCACCCCCGCCUUCCUGAGGGACCCCUGGUGCCAGUUCCAGAUGCACCAGGCACUGGCCGAGGCCCCCAUAGCCAACGGGCGCACCAUCCCGGUGCUGAGGGGCGUGGAUCGCAGGGAGUACCCCAAGGAGCUGCGGAACAUCUACUACAUCUCCAUGGCGCUGAAGGAGAACAGCUUCAGGCAGAUCAGGGACACCAUCCUGCGCUACCUUCAGGAGCUGUGCCGGAGCUCCACGAGUGGGAUGGAGUAGCGCUGGGAGCAGGGUGAUGCAUCCCCAUGGAUAUCACGGAGCUGUCACCUCCAGGUCUGGAUGCAGCCAUGUUCCGAUGGACCCACCACACUGAACCACUCUGAGCAGACCUGGGAAGUUCCUCACCUCUGUGGGGGACAGUGGGCUGGUGGUGUGACCUCCAUCCAGUGGUUGAAACCCCCCCUGGCAGGGACAGGGACAUCCAUCAUGCAAACACUAAGCUCUGACAUCGGGUGGGUUUGGGGAUCUCCAGAGCUCCUUGUGGUGCUGGUGUUCCCUGUCCUGAGGGGCUCUGACACCCCCAGGACCCCCGCUGGGCUGUGGGCAGGACAAGGCAGGGUAGACGGUGUACGUGAUCGUCGGGACUACGAAAAUGCAGAAGUUUUAAAUUUU